AGUCGACAAACAAAACUAUGUCAAGCAAGCAGACAAGCUUUUUGAUGAAGCUCAUGAAUUAGUAAGUUACUGGUAUGGUAGUAAGGAUCUUAAAUGUAUAGAUAGGCUUUAUGUAAAUACAUAUGCCUUGAAUUUACAAGUCAUAAAUACCCACUGUUGAGCCGGUGCUCUAAAAAUAAUUGCUAAAAUUUAUUGCUUUCAAAAGUUGCUUACACCAUUAGCAUGUUAAAUUAAUAAUAGCUUUAUGUAUUUCUAUUUAAAAUUACUGAUGAAGUUACAGCCAGUUAAAUAUACCCAGUACCGGCUACUCAUUUUCUUUGCAUGAUAAAGCUGGAGAUAAUAGACAUUUGAACAGAAAAUAUUUUACUAUUUGCUAAGUAUAAUGCAUUUAGCACUAAUUAACAAAUAGCAAAGGAUCAGGAUGCAAGUAGCAGGUUAUCAUUGACAGCAAGCAACUGAAUUAUAAAAUCUACAUAAAAUUUAAACAUAAUGUUAAUCAACACUUUAUGCAACUUUAUAUUAUAUGUUUUAUCAGCUGGAGCAGAUGGAAUUGGAAGUCAAGGAGCUUGAUCAGAAAGACAGACAGAAGUACCACACACGUGUGAAAAGUUUUAAGAUAGAACUCACAAAGCUACAAACAGAUCUG